AUGGCGAGGAGGCAGCGGGAGAUUAGAGCAGUCAGGAAUGUCUCUGAAAUCCACGUGAGGAGCGGCAGGGAAUCGGCUUUCACGAAGGGGAGGAGCAGGAGCAGCGCGAAACAGGCCAGACAAACAGGAAGCGGCGAGAGGGUUUUACAUGCAGGCUGGCUAUUAAACGCAGCGCCCAGAAGGUGCGUGGCUGCAGCGCAGACUUUUGGUGGUUGCGUGCCCUCUAGCCGCGCUGUGCACCACCGCCUCGUGCUCCUCCUGUGCGCUGCGCUGCGCUGCGCUGCACAUCGAGGUUCGUUCUCGGCACUCUAUUCUACCGCCCUGGAGCUUGGCUUCGGCGAAGGCAAUUCCUUGCCUGUCAAAGCGAGACCACGCUCCGCUGGCACCCGUCGCCGUCGUCAUCAGCAGCAGAACACCACCAGAAAGCCCGCCAUGCCACACUGCCAGCGUGUGCAGGACCUCCGCGCCCGACAUGGCCGCUCCUGA